AUGGCGGGGCUUUAUAACCAACCAGUGGUCGUCGAUAACGGCCAGCUGGGUCUCCGCGCCGGCAUCGCUGGCGGCGAUAUUCCCACCGCGUAUGGUCCGCUGAUGGUGGGGCGCCCCAAGUACGCCAAGAUCAUGGUGGGCGCCGACGACGGCGCCGCUGGCGACGGGGUCUACGUCGGCGCCCAGGCGCGGCGCCAGCGCGGGCUCCUUCGGCUCCUGGUGCCGAUCGACCACGGCCAGGUGACAAAUUGGGGCGACAUGGCGCGGGUGUGGCACCAGUGUUUCAGUCAGCAGUUGAAGCUUGCGCUGAUUAGUGAUCACCCGGUGCUUAUUACGGAAUCCCCACAAAAUCCGCGACGUAACCGCGAGCUUAUCGCCGAAGAGUUGUUUGAACGGUUUGGUGCUCCAGGGGUAUACGUGCUGACGCCGGCGCCGCUUGCGCUUUAUGCGCUGGGACGUACUACUGGGGUCGUGGUUGAUGUCGGUGAGGGUCAGCUGAGUGUGGUUUCAGUCUACGACGGGUUCGCCCUCCCCAAUCUGACCAAAAGGAUGGAUGUGGCUGGAUCUGCCGUCACCGCCCAAUUAUCACUGCUAUUACACCUGGCUCUGGGGGUUAGGUUGUCACUGCUGGCGGAGAUGGAUGUGGUUCGGGAGAUUAAGGAGUCAGUGGCCCUGGUCGCGCCCGCCGCAGGGGCACCGGAGUUGAAACAACGCACCACUGCCAAUGAAGACACCUUAGUCUAUACAUUACCUGACGGACAUAAACUCAGGGUGGGCAGUGAGCGGUUUCAGGCGGCGGAGAUCAUCUUCCGUCCCGAUUUGGUGGGUGACGAACUGCCGGGGUUAGCGGCGAUGGUCGAUACCGCCAUUGCCAAAUGUGAUUUAGAUUUACGAGCGACACUUUGGCAAAGUAUCCAUUUACUGGGAGGUUCCACGUUAACUCCGGGGUUUGGCGACCGCUUACUAAGCGAGCUCCACCAUUACCAAACAGAAACCGGCACCCAGACCAAAAUUAAGCUUAUGGCGCCGCCGGAACGGCUCUAUUCGGUGUGGAUUGGCGGGCUGAUCCUCGCCAAUUUGCUGAGUUUCCGCAAGAUGUACGUGACUAAGGAAGAAUACCGUGAAUCGCCUCACCUCAUCCACACCCGGUGUGCUUAG